GUCUUUUAUUAGAAACUGUCCCUGCUCCUCCAUCUUGUCAUAAUGACGCGUCACAGCUUUGUGGCACUAAUCACACACCAUACACCUCAUCAGAAGGGGGCGUUCCCGGGGCGAGCAGAUGUGCGGUGGUUUGAUUCCCGGCUCAUUGUGGAGACAGAAGCAGCCGAGGACACACGCCUCCUCCUCCGCUGUGCCACAGACCCGCCGGACUCCUGCAGGAUGCUCCUCUGAGGACAGAAGUCAAACCACCGGAGACACUGUCCUCUCCGUGAGUCCACCGGGACACCGACGCCUCUCCUGCCGGCGGUGGCCGCAUGUUAGUGUCUUUGUUCGGCGGUGACAUCUGUCCUCCACCCGCAGCAUGGAGCAGCCGGAGAGGGAGCACAGGUCGGACGAAGACACGGAGUACGAGGACGAGGAGGUGGACCCCAGAAUCCAGGGGGAGCUGGAGAAACUCAACCAGUCCACUGACGACAUCAACAGAUGCGAGACGGAGCUGGAGGACUCAAGGCAGAAGUUCCGCUCCGUUCUGGUGGAGGCCACGGUGAAGCUGGAUGAACUGGUGAAGAAGAUUGGCAAAGCCGUUGAGGAGUCGAAGCCGUACUGGGAGGCCCGCAGGUUGGCCAGGCAGGCGCAGCUGGAGGCCCAGAAGGCCACGCAGGACUUCCAGAGAGCCACCGAGGUUCUGCGGGCGGCGAAGGAGACCAUCUCCCUGGCCGAGCAGAGGCUCCUGGAGGAGGACAACCGCCAGUUUGACUCCGCGUGGCAGGAGAUGCUGAACCACGCCACCCAGCGGGUGAUGGAGGCGGAGCUCGCAAAGACGAGGAGCGAGCUGGCUCACAAGGAGACGGCGGCAAAAUACACGGCGGCGAUAAGUCGCAUGAAGCAGCUGGAGAAAAAACUCAAACGCACCAUCAACAAGUCCAAGCCCUACUUUGAGAUGAAGGCGAAGUACUAUCUGCAGCUGGAGAACCUGAAAAAGAACGUGGACGAGCGACAGGCCAAGCUGUCUCAGGCCAAAGGCGAGUACAAGACGGCCCUCAGGAACCUGGAGAUGAUCUCUGACGAGAUCCACGAGCGACGGCGAAGCUCCUCCAUGGGCCCGCGGGGCCGAGGCGUGGGCGCCGAGGGCGACAGCGUUGCCGGGGACGACAUCUCCACCUUCAAAAUGGAGUCUGAUGGAAUAUCCAUGGCGUCGGUGUGUUUCGAUGAUGACGUGUGUGGCGGCGGCGGCAGCAUCAUGUCUGAAGAAGACUCGGAGACACAGUCCACCUGCAGCCUGGGUUCGACUCCCAGCAGCCCACAGGAUCUCAUGUCGCCCUGCACCUUCGCCAGCUCCUCCUCUUCCUCGUACACGUCCUCCUCCGACUCUCCAUCUCCGACUCCCUCGUCCUCGCCCUCCUCCCCUGCUCCUCCCUCCAGGCCCAGCAGUCUGGAUCUUCCCAGCACCGUGUCGUUGUCGGACUUCAGCCUCAUCUCGCCGGUGCUCGGGCCUCGCAGCGAGUGCAGCGGAGCGUCGUCGCCUGAGUGCGACCUGGAGAGAGGUGAGCGUGCAGAAGGUGCAGAGGGGGAUCUGGAUAACGCUCCUGCCACCAACAACAACAGCAGCAGCAGCAGCAGCUCGGUUCCCGUCACCAAGAAAAUCUUCAGCCUGGAAGCACGCUUCAGCUUCCUGAAUCUGAGACGCCCUCGCUCCGACAACACGAAAAAAAUAGACGGCUGCUCCCAGAAGGCCGAGCAGUCCGGGUUCACGGUGAAAGGAGUCUGACGGACAAAACAGAAGUCGUCAGCCUCGACGAUGAACGAUUAAGAGACGUUUACGAGCUUGGUACCUUUCCAAACUCCACCAUGUUGAAAAUGUGUUGGCGAUGGUGUACAAAUCUUGUUUGUGUUAUUUUUGUCACACUAACAGCUGAACUGCUGCCUGCGCACGAACACUGAGCUGAGGAUCAUCUGAAACCUGCUGCAUCAAUGUUAAUGAUUGGUGUUCGAUGGCUGUAAACCACAGAGGUGACGAGAUGUCCAAUAAAUAAGUUGGUCUCUUAAUGUCCUGCUGUACGCUCCCUGUUCCACCGCUCGUACCGUCCUCAACCUGUGUGUGUGUGUGUGAAUCGUUCAGGCUUCGCCGUCGUGAUCCUUCAAACGUCAAAGCUGCUAAUUUUUUCCACGCAGCUACUCGACGAGUAAUUCACGUUGGUUUGAGCUUUUCAUGUCAUUAAGAUAUCUGGUGCAUAUUCACAGUGACUGAGAAUGUGUCCUGAGGAUGAAAAGUCCCAGUUGCAGAAUAUAAAUACACACAAACGGCUGAAUGUGAUUGUGUAACGUUGACUUCAAGUCCCUCUGUUUAGCACUGACUUACAUAGAUCUGAGUCAAAAACACAAGACUUUAUAAACAGAUCAAUAAUCAAAGCUACGUCAAAGCUGUGAUAAUAGUUCAAUUUAAAUUUGGUUGAAUUUAAUAAUAUUAAUUUAAUGUUCUAUUUCUAAAUGCUAAACAGUGGGACUUCAAAGUAAAGUGUUACCUGUUACGACUAAACUGAAAGAGUGUGCUGCUUUAAAGCGAGAGCAUGUGACUUCUGUUUCUCUUAGAAAUGAAAAGUUGAAUUCAUAAUAAAUAAAACUGAAUCUUGUUUAAAUCAAUAACCUCUGGAGCUUUGCUGCGGCAGCGUCAUAAGGUCUUGCGUGACCGUGGCGGGGGUUUGCUCGUGUACGUUGUUGACGUGUUGCUGUGUAACUUCUGAAAGAAAGAUGACACAUUGUAACAUAUUUCUUCUUUUUACGAAUGAAAAGUUAAAUUAAUAAAAAAAAUCAAACACUC